AUGUGUACGAGUAAACGGGAUGGGGGAAUGGGGUUCAGACACCUGGAGUGCUUCAAUCAGGCACUGUUGGCCAAGCAGGGGUGGAAGUUACUCAAAAACAAAGACUCUUUGCUUUUCAAAGUCCUGAGCAAGAGAUAUUUUCCUGAUGGCAACUUUUUGAAAGCAAAGUUAGUUUGGGCUCCUUCCCUCACGUGGCGCAGCAUAUGGACGGCAAAGGCGGACUUGCUAAACGGAAUAGAGUGGAGGAUUGGAAAUCGACUUAUGAUACGAGUUUGGAAGGACAACUGGCUUACGAAUAAUAUAUUGCUUCUCCUAGGGAACCAUGCUCAGAAUAUAUUAGGAGAGGAUGCAAAGGUGGCAGAACUCAUUGAAAGCCAAACUAGAAGAUGGAAUAGGGGGUUCUUGGAGUGA